CUCAUUGGUUGAGGAUGCUGUGAGGUCGCAGGGAAAGUAGCGGCGACGCCCCGCCCUCUUAGAAGAGCCAAUCCUGAGUAGCCGAGGGGACGAACCCCGGAAGCGAAGUUCCCGGCGGCGAUUUCCCCCUCCCGCAAGAUCUUGAUGAAUAAGAGAAAGCAGACAUAAUUCAUCCCUGGAAAGAUUAUUUAUACCCUGGCAUUUGAAAUGCUUUAUUAUUUAGAAUAGUAGUAAAAAAUGGAAAAAGAGAAAGUAAAUGAUGAUGGAAAACCAGACCCAGAGGACUCCUUGGACUUUUCUGAACAUUUUAACCAACUUGAAUUGUUGGAAACACAUGGACAUCUUAUUCCCACUGGUACCCAAAGUCUCUGGGUAGGAAAUUCUGAUGAAGAUGAGGAGCAAGAUGAAAAAACUGAAGAGUGGUACCAGUUGCAAGAAAAAAAAAUGGAACAAGAUCCAAGCAAAUUGCUUCUUUGGGCUGCUGAAAAAAAUCGGCUUAGCACUGUGCGGAGACUGCUUUCAGAAAAGGCCACCCACGUGAACACUCGAGAUGAAGACGAGUACACGCCACUCCAUCGAGCAGCCUACAGCGGCCACUUGGACGUGGUCCGCGAGCUCAUCGCGAACGGGGCAGACGUUCAUGCCGUGACGGUGGACGGCUGGACACCCCUGCACAGUGCGUGUAAGUGGAACAACACCAGAGUGGCUUCUUUCUUACUGCAGCACGACGCGGACAUCAACGCCCAAACAAAAGGCCUCUUGACCCCCUUACAUCUUGCGGCUGGAAACAGAGACAGCAAAGACACCCUGGAACUCCUCCUGAUGAACCGCUACAUCAAACCGGGGCUGAAGAACAACCUGGAAGAAACGGCGUUUGACAUCGCCAGGAGGACGAGUAUCCAUCACUACCUCUUUGAAAUCGUGGAAGGCUGCACAAAUUCUUCACCUCAGUCUUAACGGUUCUAAGAACUUUCUUAAGUUUCUACGUCCCAGUGCCUCCUUUUGUGUGAGAUGUGAAGUAUCCCCAUAACACAAGGUUGCCGUCCAAUGUCUUAAGACAGUGAUUCCGUGGUACUCAAGAUCCCACCCUUCCAAGUGGACUGCCUGACCUUGACGUCAACAUAUAUUAGAAAGUUGUUUGGAUCUAUCCUCUAAUGAUUUCCGUGGAGUUUGUGCUUUUUAUCACAUCAUUUUAACUUACCUAUACUGAAAAACUUGUCACAGGUUGUACAGAAAACUAAUGAUAUUUUUGGUGCUGACCCAAGAGAAAUGUAUUUUUAAAUAUCCCCAUCCUAGAUCUUUGUUGAGUAUUUAGUAUACUGACAUGUAUUUUUAUAAGGUAAGGUAACUCAGAAUUUCAUUUAAAAGUCUUAAAUACACAGGUGCAGUUCAGCAAUCUUCUCUGCAUUACCAAUAGCCAUUUGCUUUCAUUGGAAACCGUAAGAUUCAAGUGACUUACAAAAAAAAAAAUCAAGAAACUUAAAUCUUUGUCUUUUAGAACCUAGACCAUUUCUGGGAAAUAGUCAGCUAGGUGUUUAAUCCACGAAUGUUCUCUACUGGCCCACUGACCACAGUCUACACAGUCCUGUGGACCGUGCUACCUCGCCCUGUUCAACCUGCACCACCCUUCUUUCUGCUGGUGAGUCAGCAGGACCCUUCAGACACUCUCCCAGCCGUACCUUGGCCCAGGAGGCCAGCAUAUACCUGCUCUCCAGCUAGUUUCACCUGCCUGCUCCUGCUGAUCUGGGCACGGCUCAGCUAGUCUCUCAAGUUCACAGGAAGUGUUCUUUUCCAGGGUCCUCUCACUGUACAAACCACACAAAGUGACAAGGGAAAGGGAAUUCGAAGAGUGAAGGGAUGAUGAUUCUAUCGGAGCUAGAACCCCAAAGUGGCUCAAGCUCUUAUUAAAGGCCACAGUGUGGAUAGCAACAAAAGCUUAAAUAUAACUAUUCCAAAAAAAUAAAACAUUUUGGACAACCAAAAAAA